ACUAAAACGGUUGAUGAGUUUUACAUCAAGUACAAGAACAUCACAGAAGAGAUAAAUGAGUUAAGAAAAAGAAAAACAAUCUUGAAAGAGAAUACUACAAAUUUAUUAAAUUAUAAUAAAACCCUGAAUACAGAAAAAUUGACAUUACAGAAGGAGAUGAAAGAACUGAGGCAACGGAUACAUAAAAUAGAUGGAUGGAGUUGCUAUCAAUCCAGUCUUUACUUCAUCUCCACUGAGAAGAAGAGCUGGACUGAGAGCAGACGAUACUGUACAGACAGAGGAGCAGAUCUGAUCAUCAUAAACAACAGAGAGGAACAAGAGUAUUUAAAACAAGUUCCAGGUGGCACUGAUGUCUGGAUUGGUCUGACUGACAGUGAUGUGGAGAACACAUGGAAAUGGGUUGAUGGCACCAACAUGACCUCUGGGUUCUGGAGGGAUGGAGAACCAAGUGAUAGCGCUGGUGAUAAGGAUUGUGCCAUAAAUCUGCCAUCAGGGUUUGCUGAUUAUUCAUGUAAAAAAACUUUUAAAUGGAUCUGUGAGAAGAACACAUUUUAAUUUACUUUGCUAUAAAGGGUUGUUACAACAUUUGUCUCAUUUCUCUUUUUGUUCUGAAACAUAGUUCUGCAAGUUUCCAUGUAAUAAAUCAUCUUUAUCAUUA